AUGUCGACGCCUUCGAAGCGCCGCAAGACUAACAAUCAUCAAUCCUCACCGCAAACUGUAGGAAGCCUCGACUUCUUCUUCAGCAAACAAAAGGGGGACUCGGCGCCAAAGAAAACAGACGAAAACGCGCGCUUCCAGGACUUCUCCAAUGGACAUUUGGGAUCGCAGGGAAGAGAUAGCAAUGAUGUUGAAACCCAAACUCUGACCGAUGAAGAGUAUGCGCGAAAAUUGCAGGCCGAAUGGGAAGAACAAGAUAGGGUCUUGGCAGCUCCACCUUUCGAGUCAACUGAGGAGCCGAAAGACGUACAAGCAAUAAAGGAUGACGAGUUUGUUCAAGAGGCCGAUGUUACUUCAAAUCACCAGUGUGGCUCCUCACAGCAGCAAGAUGUUGCGACAGAUCAUGCGCCAAUGCCGCUACAGGUAAAUGGAUCACAAAAGAAAGACACCUUAUCAUUGCAGUCGGCAACCUCCGCUGAAGACGCAAUAUCUUCGACCGUCCCAUUCGAUGAGAACCCUUUGACUUUCGAUCCUUCGAACUACAUACCGAAUCUCAAGAAACAUUGGGCGACGGAAGGUAGUAAUGCAUCAUAUGGACUCCUCACCAGAUGCUUCGUGCUUGUCAACAGUACACAGAGUCGCAUUAAGAUCGUCGAUACCUUGGUCAAUUUUCUACGAACCGUCAUUGAAGGUGAUCCUCAGAGCUUACUACCCGCUGUCUGGCUGGCUACCAAUGCCAUCUCUCCUCCCUAUAUUUCGUUGGAGUUAGGACUUGGAGGUUCGGCUAUCUCAAAGGCGCUGAAGAAGACAUGUAUGCUGGACAACGCCGGUCUCAAAACGCUCUACGACAAGUAUGGAGAUGCGGGAGAUGUGGCCUUCGAAGCCAAAAAGCGACAAACCUACACCCUGCGCAAGCCGAAGCCCCUGACCAUCAACGGUGUCUUUGAAAGCUUAGUCAAAGUAGCCAACAGCAAAGGGACAGGUAGUCAAGAGUUCAAGCAAAGGAUCGUGGAGAGAUUGUUGCAAGAUUCACAAGGCGCGGAAGAGAGCAGAUAUUUGGUCAGGACAUUGUGUCAACAUCUGCGAAUAGGGGCUGUGAAGACUACCAUGCUUAUUGCCCUUUCUCGCGCAUUCUUAUUGUCACGACCCGAAGGUGCAACGUUUGGUAUUAGGAUACAGUCGGAUCUCGCAAAGCUUAAGAAGGAAGGACUGGCAGAAGUCUACAGCAAGGGCGAAGAGUUAGUCAAAGCAUGCUUCGCGCGUAGACCGAACUACAAUGACCUUGUCCCUUGCCUUCUGGAAGUUGGCAUCUCCGACGAGCUUCUGCUGCGCUGUGGGCUAGGAUUACACAUUCCAUUACGACCCAUGCUGGGUAGCAUUACCCGUGACCUGAGUGAAAUGCUCACAAAACUCCAAGGCCGGGACUUCAGCUGCGAAUACAAAUAUGACGGCCAACGCGCCCAAGUGCACUGUGACGAGCAAGGCAAAGUCUCAAUAUUCUCCCGGCAUCUGGAAGUCAUGACGGACAAGUACCCCGACCUGGUUGCCCUCGUGCCUCAAAUACGUGGCGAAGGCGUCAGCAGCUUCAUCCUUGAAGGCGAAGUCGUAGCCAUCGACCAGGAAACUGGCGAUCUAAAGGCGUUCCAAACUUUGACAAACAGAGCGAAGAAGGAUGUUGCGAUCGAAUCUAUCAAAGUAGCCGUCUGUCUCUUCUCCUUCGACCUCAUGUACCUCAACGGUGAAGAGCUUCUCGACAGACCGUUCCGCGAGAGAAGAGAGCUCCUCCGGAGUCUCUUCGUCGAAAUCCCCAAUCGCUUCACCUGGGUCAAGUGUAUAGAUGCCACAUCCUCUGACUCCGACACCGUUCUCGAAUUCUUCAAAUCAGCAACCGAUAUCAAAUGCGAAGGCAUAAUGGUCAAAGUCCUCGACAAUGUCCCCAACCCAGCGCUCCAAACCGACGAAAACCACGACGAUGACCUAGAAACAGCACUCUCACCCCCCGCCCAAACAAGACCAUCCAAGAAGACCAAAUCCAAACCCAAACCGACCGCACCAGACAAAGCCGAGGAGAAGACCUCAGGCACCCGCCGCAAGCCCCUCCUCUCAACCUACACCCCCGACAAGCGCCUCGACUCCUGGCUCAAAGUGAAAAAAGACUACUCCACCACCUCCGACACCAUCGACCUCAUCCCCAUCGCCGCCUGGCACGGCUCCGGCCGCAAAGCGAAAUGGUGGUCCCCGAUCCUCCUCGCCGUCCGCAACCCGACCACCGGCAGCCUGGAAGCCGUCACCAAAUGCAUCUCCGGCUUCACGGACAAAUUCUACAAGGAGAACAAGGAACGCUACAACGAGGAGACGGGAGAGAACCUGAUCGCCAGACCGGGCUACGUCGAGUAUGUGGGCCGGCCCGACGUCUGGUUCGAGCCGCAGGAGGUGUGGGAGAUGGCGUUUGCGGACGUCACGAAGAGCCCGACCUAUCUGGCCGCCAUCGGCCUGGUGGACGAGGAGAGGGGGUUGAGUAUGCGGUUCCCGCGGUUCUUGAAGGUCAGGGAGGACAAGAGCAUCGAUGAGGCGAGCACGGCGGAUUUCCUCGCGGAGCUUUGGUUCAAGCAGGAAGCGAGGGGUGCCGUGGCUGUGAAGGACAUCAAGGAGGAAGACGACGUGGAGGGAUGA